CUAUAUAGCCCUUUUUUCGAGGGAGAAAAUGUAUUUCGAUGUGUUUGACCCCCGCUUUUUUUAGAGGCGGUGACUUCCCCUUGAGCUCUCGAUGUUCCAAAAGCCACAUGGCUGUUAUCAUUUUAGAUUGUUUUGCUUCUGUGUUGACUCAGCAUUCGUUUCAUUUAUCAAACCAAUUAGAUUUUAAUCACUGAUCUUCUUUUAAAAGAAUUAUUAUAAUGAACUUCCUCUUCCUCUGUACCUAUACAAAGACAACUCGUUGUUAAUUUUUAAUGAAUUCGUUUUACAUGUUUCUUCUCAAUCUGAUAGUCUACUUGGUCUUGAGGUGACUUCCAUCAAUAUAUCAAACGAAAUGUUGCCCUUCUAGUCUAGCCUGCUAACAUUUUCAAGUUCUCCGUGUUAAAACUUAGGCAGGUGUUUUGUAUGCAUAACGGGGCAGGAAGGCAAGAGUGAAUAAAAUUUUGAUCAUGAACAACUCUUCGCCCAGAACAAAUAAUCAUAGUGAUUAUGAUUUUGUGCUUGAAAGCUAUCCCCAGCGAAUCAUCAUCGCUUGCAUCCACUGCAUCAUCAUCGCUGUUGGCAUCAUUGGGAACAGCCAUGUGGUACUUGCUGUGCUGCUCUGCCGAAAGCUGAGGUCAUCCACCAACUGGCUGGUUGUCAAUCUCGGAAUGGCUGAUCUCCUAAACUGUCUUUUCCUUCCUUUCAAUGUCGUAGCAUUACUUACCAAGGAUGGGUGGCCCAUCGGUGAAUGGAUCUGUGCAAUGACAGGAGUCGUCACGAUGACCUGUCUAGGAGCUAGCAUCGUCAGUCUUGCUCUCAUUGCACACAAUAGAUUGACUCUCCUCACCAAGCCUAGGUUCACAUUCUACCGCUUCUACUCUAAUCGUAACCUGAUUGUGAUGGUUAUUUUAUCAUGGCUCUACCCGCUGUUGCUUGUCAUAAUCCCCCCGAUAGUAGGACUCGGAGUGUUAGGAUAUUCGGAAAACUACAAGGUAUGUCUGCAGGAUACCACUUUGCCAAACUCAGAUUAUUACAGUCUUAUUGCAGGGGUGGGCGUCAUCGUUCCUGCAUCCAUCAUCAUAGUAAUCAUCUACGUACUCAUAUAUCGAUAUGUUUCGCGCCAUAAUAAGGCUUUUGAGAGAAGAUUGGCCGAAUCGAGCAAAGCUGGAAGUUCUAAAUUUACUCCAACCAGUCUUGAUAUGAGUACCAAUUGGACAGAAUCCAGGGAUCAUCAGCAAACGAACGAAGACGUUGCUGGCAGUUCGAGGCUAAACUGUGAGAAAUUUGGCAAUGCUGGAAACGGCAGCACAUUCACGGAUUCUUCUCAUAUCAACAACCAAAAUGAUACAUCAAACCUGUCAAGUACUGGGAACCUGACAGAAAGUGAUGAUGCCGAAAGACAAAACAAUCCAUCGGACAACCCAUGUAAAACUAAUGAAGAUGAAAUAGAAAGUAAAGUUAAAUCCCAAGCUGAAGAUAGAGCAUCAACGUCAGACGAUCGUAUCAGCCAGGCUAACCUAGAAAAUAAAGAAUCUUCAAAUCCUAGAAGGGAUUUCCAAACACCCGAAAGAACUGAUGAUCUGAAACCUUCGCCUAAAAUUUCGCGCCACAACAUAAACGUCACCAAACGUCUGUUCCUGGUGGUGAUUUCUUUCUUUCUCUGUUUUCUUCCAUUUGGGAUCUGUGUGAUGGUGCCUACCAGUGAUCCAGCGGUUCCAUGGGCUAACCUCCUGGUGAUGCUCAACAGUUGUAUCAAUCCUAUCCUCUAUGCUGGUACUAUGCCUCUAUUCCGGAAGGUAAUGUGGUGUAUAGCUCGAUGUCGAUACCACAGUAUCCCGGAGCCAGUCGAUUUGGUACGCUUUUGCCGUAGGCAUCAAUUGUAAACUCUGGAUGAAAUUUUUUUUUAAUUUACUGCAUAAUAGAUUUUUGAAAUAGAACUGAAAGAUGUACUAGUCUAAGCUCAAAAGGCAAGAAGUAUCAGUUAGUCUUUUAAAGUUUUCCGGGAGCCUUGGUCAGUCUUCAAGAGUUUUUUCAGUGGUCUCUGUCAGUUUUCUCAUAAAGAUUCAUGGUUAAUUUGCCGAAGAUCUCUGGUAGUGUGACACAUUACCUUUCAGUGCUCUCUCGAUAGUCUUAUUGAUCUUUUAAAGUGUCUUCAGCUGUCUUCACUAACCUUGACUAUCCGUCACAUUCAUUUAUGGUCACAUUAAAAUGUAUAUACAAGCUAUGAUUCUACGUAAAUCGUAAGAUAAUGUUUAUUUCUGUCUAUGAUAUCUAUUAUAAAUUGUCUACAAAAUAUCCUAAGUUAUGUUAUGCAUAUAAAUAAUAAUAAUAAUAAUAUGUUCAUUUUUAUAUAGCGCUCUUACAAUAUAUCAUCGUUUCACAGCGCUUUAUACACAGAAGGAAUAGAAAAUUAUAAUAAGAAAUACAUGUGAAUAUUAUUGAUUAAAAGCAGUCUUGAGAUGUUUCUUAAAUACUUCCAAAGAAGGAGUCGCAUAUAUCUUGGAAGGUCAUUCCAGAGUCUUGGAGCACAUGUCUGAAAAGCAUUGUCACCUGCUUUAGUAUUUACCAUGUACCAUUAAAUCAUUGAAUGUAAUUAUGAACGAAGGACAUUAAUUUGUUUUAUUCUUUAUGGGUUCUAGGACAAUUACCACC